AUGAAGACCGCAGCUUUCACCACCGCCCUCUUUGCCGCCCUUGCGGCAGCCAGCCCCAUCGAGGUUCGCCAGGCUUCCGGAUGCAAAGCAUUCACCGUACUCUUUGCCCGCGGCACUACCGAGAUGGGUACCCUCGGCACCGUCGUCGGCCCCGGCCUCCAGAAAGCCGUUCAGUCGGCCCUCGGCGCUGAUUCGGUUACUGUUGAGGGCGUCAGCUACCCUGCCGACAUCGGCGGCAUCAUGUCUGAGACAACCGGCACUGGCCCUGGCAGUACAGCCAUGACCAACCAAGCCAAUCAAUGGCUCAGCAAGUGCCCCCAGACAAAACUCAUUCUCACUGGCUACAGCCAGGGCGGCAUGGUCGUCCACAACGCUGGCAAAAAGCUCAAUGGGAAGGGUGUCGUUGCUGCUGUCACUUUUGGAGACCCAUUCAAGGGCCAACCUGUUUCUGGUGUGUCCACCGGCAAGUUCAAGAGCUUCUGUGCUGCUGGUGACACAGUUUGCUCUGCUGGCGGAUGUGCCAGCUCCGGUGGCUGCGGAAGCACAAGCGCGGCUGGUCACAUUGGAUAUGGAUCCGACACCAAUGCUGCCGGUGCUUUUAUCAAGUCUGCGGUGGCUUAG